AUGGUGCGACGUGUUAAGGAUGCUGGAGCGACCCUGGCUAUCUGCCAAUUCGGCUUCGACGACGAAGCAAACCAUCUCCUCUUAUCCCAGGGCCUACCUGCCGUACGUUGGGUAGGAGGACCUGAAAUGGAGCUUAUCGCUAUUGCGACUGGAGGCAGAAUCGUACCAAGAUUCGAGGAGUUGACUCCGGACAAACUUGGUUCUUGUGGACUGGUUAGGGAACUCACAUUUGGAACGUCUAAGGAAGAGAUGCUGGUAAUCGAAGAGUGCUCUAACAGCCGGGCUGUGACAGUGCUCAUGAGGGGAGGAAACCGCAUGAUUGUGGAGGAGGCGAAGCGUUCUGUGCACGACGCUCUGUGUAUCGUUCGAAGUCUUGUACAGGACUCGCGCGUGGUGUACGGCGGCGGCGCGGCGGAGGUGGCGUGCUCGCUGGCGGUGGCGCGCGGCGCGGACAAGCUGUCGUCGCUGGACCAGUACGCCUACCGCGCCUUCGCCGACGCGCUCGAGGCCAUCCCGCUCGCGCUCGCCGAGAACAGUGGUCUGUCCCCGAUCGACACACUCUCCGAGGUGAAGGCGCGGCAGGUGGCUGAAAAUAACCCUAAUCUUGGCAUCGACUGUAUGGGCACAGGCUCAAAUGAUAUGAAAACCAUGAAUGUGAUAGAGUCUCUGCACUCCAAGAAACAACAAAUAUCCCUGGCCACACAACUCGUCAAGAUGAUACUCAAAAUUGACGACGUGCGCUCGCCGGCCGACUCUAUCGAAUAA